AUGGCUGGUUCUUUCAAGACGCCAAUGGUGCGCAGCAGGGAUGACGGACUUCAGCUAAGUUAUUCGCUCCCUCAUCGUGUCUUCGCUUCCAAGCCUUAUCCGGUCCUUGCCCCGAACGGUUCGUCCAUCUUCCUCUACGGCUACGACAAUGGUCUGAGGAUAGUCUGGAGGGGAGGCAGAUCUUUUCUUCCUUCUCCUCGACAGAAGAAUGCACCAAACAGUCGUCAGACAGAGACUGCGUCCAAGUCCCAGAAUAACGAUGACUCGAUUAUGAUUAUUGAUUCGGACGACGAGGAGCCUGCUCCAGGUUCCGGCAACCAGGAUAACAUAGAGUACGAGCUAUUCGAGGAGGAGGAAGUCGAGAUCGAGCCAUCACGUCCGUAUGAGCCUAUUAUUCGACAUGUGGACAUUCCACUAGGAACAAGAGUUCUUAGAGUAGCAGUUCCGUCGCUUCUACCAGAAAAGGCUCGUUCUUUGGGUUAUACUGUGCCUCCAAUUCUGACAACAUCGAUUGUGUUAUCUGUUGCAUGCGCAGACUCGAAGCUGAGGGUUAUCGUUUUGCCACUUGCACCGCCGCAUCCCAGCACCAAGGUUUCAGAUCUGAAAAUCCAGACACUAGUGUUGGCUGCGACUGUAUCGCAUAAUGAAAUACCCAAAGGUGUUUCGAUUACCUUUACCUGCGACACAGACGAUAAAGACGAGGAUCUUGGCCGAAGCACUUCACAACAAGUGGCGACUGCCACCAGACAAUGGAAUUUGUUGGUCGCUACUCAUGCUGCCGAGGCAUCUGGAACAUUACUUGUUUACAACAUACCCAUUGGACAAGCUGCGAACGGUUCCUACACAUUACCAAAUAAAGAUAUACAACUGCCACAAAAACACCUUUUACCUGCUUCAGCUAAGACCAUUUCCUUCAAUCCUUCUCCGUACCCUUCUGCGCGACAUGCUCACCUUUUGGUGACGUUUCCAGAUGGUUAUGUCAAAGUCUUGGCGUGCUCGACAUCCUCGAAAGAGAGCAAGGACGUCGGUACAGACCUAAAAUCUGAACGAGGAGGAACAUGGCUACUCACGUUAUACAGCGGGUUUGAGCAGUCACCCAGCGCCUUUGGGCGGAGAAAGAUGAUUGUAGACGCUGCCUGGGUUCUGUCCGGAAAAGCCGUUAUGGUGCUUCUUUCUGAUGGUCAAUGGGGCGUCUGGGAUAUUGAAGGCGCAGGUCCCGGCUCUGAGCCUGGACCUCUCGUCGGUCAGUCCAGCGUUCACGGUAUAACUGGGGGAUCUUUGACAGCGUACUCUGUCAGUGGCCGUAUUCUCGGCGGCGCACAGACAAUAACCAAAUCUCAAACCGCUGCCAGUGAGGGUCAAUCGGAGCAACGAGGAAAGUUUGCCCCAAUGACGCCAUCUUCACGAAGAGUACGAGAAGACACGUUGUUCAAAGGUGCUCAAUCUUUGGCUACACCAUCAUCCGACGGUGAAAUUUCUGUCGUGCAGAUCAACUCUUCGCGAGCCGCUAUGGCUGAGGAAUCGAUUCUAAUUCGCCACGGGGACCAAGUUGCCACAAUCCCGAGCUUGCUAUCGCUGUGGAGGAAUUCUGUCAAAGCCACAGGAACGUUUGACGCGUCCAACCGUUCUCGCGUUUCGCCUUUAGCGGGCAUAAAUCUGUACGGUGAAAGACUGACUGGUCUUGCGCACCUGCCAUCGCCCUUCCGAGCGGAAACCGAUAACGGUGAUCAGCAAGAAUACGAAUUACUUAUCGCGGCUGAGCAUCGUUUGAUAAUUCUUGGCCGCGAUCUCUCAACUGCAAUUACCGCGACAACAAAACAAGCAGUCGGCCUGCCCAUGACUUCGCAACCCAGCAAAGAAACAGAUCAACUCAUGCUCAGUCAAGGGCAGCUUGAUGUCGACGGGAUGAGCCGUGUGUUGACGAGUAUGUCAGGUGCUUUGCAACCUGCUUUGCAGCCUACUCUACAGCCAAAUGGAUUCAAAAGUCCUAUCAAGCGAGCUCGCAUUUUUUCAUAG